AUGCCUGGCUCGUCAAACUAUCCAGAUGCCAUCCGACAGGCUCUUGACCGUGCCCGGGACUGUGAAAACGGUCCUGUGGACGCUCCAACUUCCGCUAUCCUCGAAGCUGCUCUUGCGGAUCUAUGGAGCCGGAUUUCCGCCGCACCCGAAACCUAUGUCCCUAGUCCAGAUGAAUUCGCACUUUUCAAUUACUUCCUCCGUCGAUUUCAGGGCAAUCCUGUAGCCCGACGGGUUGUGAGCCGAUUCUGGGACAACUAUCAGGCCCCGGCCAACACCGAUGCAAACAAUAAAUAA